CCCCUCAGCCCGGCCCCACCCCCGGCCGCCGAGGUCUGCGCGCGAAUUCCGUGGCGCGAAUUUGGGAGCGCAGUCGAGUAUUCGGGGGUUCCCGGUGUGACGCCCAGUGUUGCGGCGCGCGGGGCCCGCGCGAGAACAGCAGACAGGAGAAGAGGCGGAGGAGCGGGGAAGGGACACUUUUGCCGCCAUCAUGCAGCGAAGCAUCAUGUCGUUUUUCCACCCCACGAAAGAGGGCAAAGCAAAGAAGCCGGAGGAGACACCCAGCAGCGCCAGAGAGGCCGAGCCCCCUCCAAAGGUGGCGCUGAAGGAGCGGAACAGAGUGGUGCCUGAGAGCGACUCUCCGGUGAAGAGGUCGGGCAGGAAGACGGCCCGGGUCCUGUGCAGCGAAGGGGAGGAGGAGGAGGACGAUGAAGCCAUCACGUCCCCCAAAGGCCAGAAGCCUGCCCCCAGCUCUCCACAAGUCUCCCCUCCCGCUCCUGUCACGUCCCCUGAGAGCAGCCCUUCCCUCUCCGGCCCCUCUCCGGCAGCGACCAUCUCCCCGUCAGGGAUCCCGAAGCGGCUCACAGCUCGAAAGCAGUUUUCUAAACGGAAGAUUCAGGAUGUCCUAGAAGAGCACAGCACGGACAAGGGCCCAGAAGCCAAGAGGAAGAAGGUGGAGGAAGAAGCAGAGACCCCAACAGAAAACCUCCCACAGCCGGAAGGGGCCAAAGAGAAGAAAGCAGAAGAGGGGGACCUGCCCAUGACGCCCCCCGAGCCCCAAAACGCCUGCAAAGCCGAGCCGCCGACAGAAAGCGGCUCAGAGCCGGUGGUGGCGGUGAAGCAGGAACCCCAGGACGAGGAGCCGGCCAGGCCGCCCCCCAGAGCUCCCAAGAUGCUCAGCAGUCUCUUCACCCCCCGGAAGCCGGCAGUCAAACAGGAAGUGAAAGAAGAGGGGCCUGGCACCCCAAGAAAGGAGGCGUCCAAGGGACUCUCGCACUCGGAUGUGAGCUCCAGCCCCCUGGACCCAUCCAGCUACAACCCUGCCAAGAAAAACUACCACCCCGUCCAGGACGCGUGCUGGACGCGGGGCCAGAAGGUCCCUUACCUGGCUGUGGCCCGGACGUUUGAGAAGAUCGAGGAGGUUUCUGCUCGGCUCCGGAUGGUGGAGACGCUGAGCAACUUGCUUCGCUCCGUGGUGGCCCUGUCGCCCCCAGACCUCCUCCCCAUCCUCUACCUCAGCCUCAACUGCCUCGGGCCCCCCCAGCAGGGCCUGGAGCUCGGCGUCGGGGAUGGUGUCCUUCUGAAGGCGGUGGCCCAGGCCACAGGUCGGCAGCUCGAGUUGGUGCGGGCUGAGGCCGCCGAGACGGGCGACGUGGGGCUGGUGGCCGAGAACAGCCGCAGCACCCAGAGGCUCAUGCUGCCCCCGCCCGCCCUCACCGCCUCUGGGGUCCUCGCCAAAUUCCGAGACAUCGCCCGGCUCACUGGCAGCGCUUCCACAACCAGGAAGAUGGACAUCAUUAAAGGCCUCUUUGUGGCCUGCCGCCACUCAGAAGCCCGAUUCAUCACCAGAGCCCUGAGUGGACGGCUGCGCCUCGGGCUGGCAGAGCAGUCGGUGCUGGCCGCCCUCGCCCAGGCCGUGAGCCUCACGCCUCCAGGCCAAGAAUUCCCCCCGGCCGUGGUGGAUGCUGGGAAGGGCAAGACAGCAGAGGCCAGAAAGACGUGGCUGGAGGAGCAAGGCAUGAUCCUGAAGCAGACGUUCUGCCAGGUGCCUGACCUGGACCGGAUCGUCCCGGUGCUGCUGGAGCACGGCCUGGAAGGGCUCCCGGAGCACUGCAAGCUGAGCCCAGGGGUCCCCCUGAAACCAAUGUUGGCCCACCCCACCCGGGGCGUCAGCGAGGUCCUGAAGCGCUUCGAUGAGGCAGCUUUCACCUGCGAGUACAAAUACGACGGGCAGAGGGCACAGAUCCAUUUUCUGGAAGGCGGGGAGGUGAAGAUCUUCAGCAGGAAUCAGGAGGACAAUACCGGAAAGUACCCGGACAUCAUCAGCCGCAUCCCCAAGAUUAAACUCCCGUCAGUCACAUCUUUCAUCCUGGACACAGAAGCUGUGGCUUGGGACCGGGAGAAGAAGCAGAUACAGCCGUUCCAAGUGCUCACCACCCGCAAACGCAAGGAGGUGGAUGCAGCGGAGAUCCAGGUGCAGGUGUGUUUGUACGCCUUCGAUCUCAUCUACCUCAAUGGAGAGUCCCUGGUCCGUGAGCCCCUUUCCCGACGCCGGCAGCUGCUCCGGGAGAACUUCGUGGAGACGGAGGGCGAGUUUGUCUUCGCCACCUCCCUGGACACCAAGGACAUGGACCAGAUCGCGGAGUUCUUGGAGCAGUCGGUGAAAGACUCCUGCGAGGGGCUGAUGGUGAAAACCCUGGACGUCGACGCCACCUACGAGAUCGCCAAGAGAUCGCACAACUGGCUCAAGCUGAAGAAGGACUACCUGCAAGGCGUGGGGGACACCCUGGAUCUCGUGGUGAUCGGCGCCUACCUGGGCCGGGGGAAGCGGGCCGGCCGCUACGGGGGCUUCCUGCUGGCCGCCUACGACGAGGAGAGCGAGGAGCUGCAGGCCAUCUGCAAGCUGGGAACCGGCUUCAGCGACGAGGAGCUGGAGGAGUAUCACCAGACCCUGCAGGCCCGGGUGCUGCCCACCCCCCGCUCCUACGUCCGGGCAGACGGCGCCGUGGCCCCGGACCACUGGCUGGAGCCCAGCACCGUGUGGGAGGUCAGGUGCGCGGACCUCUCCCUCUCGCCCAUCUACCCCGCUGCCCGCGGCCUGGUGGACAGUGAGAAGGGGAUCUCCCUUCGCUUCCCGCGGUUUGUUCGCGUCCGUGAAGACAAGACGCCGGAGCAGGCCACCACCAGUGCCCAGGUGGCCUGGCUGUACAAGAGGCAGAGUCAGAUUCAGAACCAGGAGGACACAGACCAAGACUCCGACCCGGACCUGGAGUGUUUCUACUAGGCCCUGGCCUCCGGGACAGGCGGGGCCCGCACCUCUGGCGUUAAUGCAGAUCCGGUGUGCAGUGUGUGAGGGUGUGGUUUAAAGUGGGAUUUAGUCGUUUUUAAAAAAAUAAAUAUCAACCCCCUG